UCAAGGUAUGCAACAUGCACAAGGACAUCCAUGUCAUUCAACACUCAUGAAUGGUUCACAUAUAAGUAAUGAAGCAUUAAAUUUACAAAAAGCUUUAUCUAAUAUUCAUACAAGACAUGAUAUAGUUUCACAUUCUGUUCAAGAAAUGGAAGAGAUUAAUACAAAAUUAUUAGCUCAUCGUAUAAGUUCCGAAUUAAAACGUUAUAGUAUACCACAAGCGGUUUUUGCUCAACGUAUUUUAUGCCGAAGUCAAGGUACAUUAUCUGAUCUGUUAAGAAAUCCUAAACCAUGGAGUAAAUUAAAAUCUGGUCGUGAAACAUUUCGCAGAAUGUUGAAAUGGUUACAGGAACCAGAAUUUCAACGAAUGUCUGCCUUACGUUUAUCUGAAUUUGAUCAAAGAUAUCCUGGUCCUGUAGUAUGUAAACGAAAAGAAUCAGAACACAUCAAAUUAUCAGAAAGUCGUCAGCCUAAAAAACCUCGUCUUGUUUUCACUGAUAUACAAAGACGCACUUUACAAGCUAUAUUUAAAGAAACUAAACGACCUAGUAAGGAAAUGCAGUCUACUAUAGCUCAACAACUUGGAUUACAAGUUUCAACAGUAGCAAAUUUUUUUAUGAAUGCUCGUCGUCGAUCACUAGAUAAAUGGCAAGAGGAUACAAGUAAAAUAUCAAGUACAAUGAAUUCACCAUCGGAUUCAUCAUACAGUCAAAGUGAAGAACAAGGACAACAAUCAGGUGUGAUUCAUAAUUUGUGUUGUUCAAAAGAUGAUGAUAUAAAUAAUUGUACUCCUUAUUUAUUGCCAUCUAUGCAUCAACCUGGAUAUUCAUUGCCAACUUCAACUCCUGUAACAGCAUUAAAAACACUGGAUAAUAGUUUCACUUCAGGGAAUCCAAUAGAAUUAGAACGAAUAACAGCAAGUAAUAGUUUAACUGCUUGUAAUAGUUUCUCAAAACCUAAUAAUCUGUUACCAUUGAAUUCGAAUCUUGCAAGAACAGUAUUGAAUAGUAAUAAUAAUAACGAAAACAACAACAAUAAUAAUAAUAAUAAUAAUAAUAAUUUGUUUAAAUGUGAUAAUCCAGGAAAUAAUAUGAUUCCUCCGGAACAUCAUACAUAUAAUGCACUAAAUACAACUGAUGGUCUUUCAACCGUUCCAAAUGUUAUUUAUUCAUCACAAAGUUCCACUACUGGACAGCACAAACAACAGCAACAGUUGGAUUUACAAAAUUUUUCAAAUAAUUUCUCUUUACAUUUAACAACACAAACUCAGCAUCCAUUUUCAUAUCAACUGCAAUCACAGCAAGAACAUCAUCAACAACAACAACAACAGCAGUCAAAUCCUCCUGUUCAUCAGCAUCAUCAUCAUCAUCCACAGAGUUCAUCACAUCCUAUGAAUGCACAGUUAGUAGUACCAUCAUCUUCGUCGAUAUCAUCAUCAUCGUCAUCAUCGCAUCAAUUGGUAUUUCCAUUGGAUAUAUUAGAUCAGAAUAAUGGUAUGAAUAAACAUUCAACUGUCAAUAAUCGACUACAUAAUUCUGAUCAUGAAACUAUCAAUACUAGUACUAAUACUAAUAAUAAUAAUAACAACUUAAUUAAAUCAGUUUAUCCAUAUUGUAAUCCUCAAGCAAAUUAUAUAUUCCCUGUUUCAGGUAAUUUACAUUCACAUCAUACACAUUUAGAUAUGUUCAACACUAAUACUGUCAGUAAUAAUGAUAAUAAUAAUAAUAAUAACAAUAAUACUAAUAACGACAGUAAUAAUAAUCUUAAACAUAAUAAUCUACCUAAUAUGAAUAAUGAUAAUCUAAUGAGAAAUCAAUUUUUAAUGCGUGACUUAACUGACAGUCAACAAUUUGAUCAUCGUUUCUUAAGUACAAUGACUAGUGGGCAAUUAACAUUAACUGAACAAGCUUUAGAAUUAUGCUCUUCAAUAGCUGCUGCCAAUGCUAUGUCAUUUAAUAAUAACAUCAAUGUUAAUGACAAUAUCAGUAAAAAUCAUUUUAUUCAUUUGACUAAUGAAAAAUCAAAUCCUUUUCAUAAUAAUUUGGAAAUUAAAAAUUCUCAUGAAUUAAAUGGACCAGUUGAUAUCAGUAAUAAUAAUGUUAUUGACAAUAAUAAUAAUAAUAAUAACAAUAAUAAUAUUGUUCCUAAUCAGAAUGAUACGAAAAAUGCAAAUAGUGUAACAAAUGAUAUCAGUAAUAAAAAAAGUAGUCAUCACGAGGAUCACAACAAUGAUCUACAUUGUCAUCACCUUCAACAACAACAGCAACAACAACAACAACAUCAAAUAGAUUUAUUGAAUAAAAUGAAUUUAUCAAUCAAUGAAUGUAAUCAACUACGUUUUCAAUCGUCAAAUGAUUUAUCUAGAUAUCCAUAUUUUUCUACAAACGAAUUUAUAGAUGAGAUGAGAAGAACAAAUAAUGAAAUAAUCAAUGAACGUAAUGAUACAAAUAAUGGCGAUCUCGGUGAAGUGGAAGAUCAAGAUGAGUGUGUUGAAGACAUAGAUGAUGUCGAUGAUGAUGGUGAGGAAAUCACUGCAGAAUUAUUUGAAGAUGAGCCGGAAGUCGAAGAGAAUGAUGAUAAACGCGAUGGUGAUACAUUAAACACCAAAAAGGAAUCUAUGAGACGUGAUUUAAAUUCUAGUUCAAAUCACUAAAACGUUUGCCCUUCUUAAUAGGUAUCAGAAAAAAAAUAUAGAUAAAAAAAUAUCUUUUAUAAUUUGUACUUAAUUUUUGUGUGAACCUACAGAUAGAUCAGAACUGUUACAAUUUGCAGUUCCUUUAUUGAGUAAAUUAAUCCACAUUAAGAAUAUAUACCCAUGAUAUUUGUGAAUUGUUUGAUCAACUCAAGGUCAACUAAUUUUAAAUGUUAUAUGAUCGUUGUUAAUAGUUUAAAUCUUAUCUACAUUUAUCCUUCCUUCAAAUGCUUGUUACUUGUUCGCUGUUAAUAAAUAGUCUGUUAUAAUGUUGAGUGGACCUAAAACAUAAUAUUGAUUGUUGAAUCUUUUCAUGAAACAAACAAAUAGAUAGUUGUUAUUAGUUUAAAUCUUAUUAGAAACCUCAUCUACAUGAACAAAUAACAGUUGUCUUAUCACUAUUUAAGAUAAUUAUAAAAAUUCAAGUAGAAAAAAGCACACACAAAAAUGGGAGCUGUGCAAACAAGUAAGAAUCAUAGAAGAUAAGUUGACUCAUCCGAGACGAAGAAAGAGAGAAUGAGAGAAACAACUCUAUUUUUCACCCAAAAUUCAAAGGUAGUUAGUUAGGUCAACAUUGAAAUAGAGCACAAAAACACUGUGUUAACAAACACAUUUACUAGUGUUGUUUGUGUUUCCCUUCCACAGAACAAUGAAAUAUUAAGAUAACAAUACCGAAGCAAAAAAGGUAUCUAACUUUCUUUUUAUUACCUAAUUAUUAUUUUUUUCUAGUUUUUACAAUAAAAAAGUAAUAAUAUUUAUUUUUCCCACCGAGUUUCGAAUAUAUCACAUUUACAUUGGCAACAUAUAUGCAUGCAUGCAUGCAUGCAUACAUAUACACUUCCUUGAAGAUGAUGAAAAAAAGUAUUGUCUAUGAUGAAUGAAUUAUCAUUCCUUUUUGUAUCUUUUUCUCCAGUUAAUACAUUGUCACUUUCUUCCGUAUAGAAGAGCUCUCUCUCCUUCUCACUGCAAAGAUUAUGAAAGACAUUAAAACAUAUUUUCAAACAGAAUCAAACUAUUUCCUUAUUUCAUAAAAAAUAAGAAUAAGUUUACAGAGAAAUGUGAAUACUUUACAUUGAAUUAAUUAUUAAUAGUAGUAAUCUUUCACUGUCCUGAAGAGCAAUCAAUAAAGUUCUGUAUAAGGUAAGAUUUAUUCUUAUUGGACACAGAAUAUGUUGUAAACCUUCACUUUGUGUUUACGAACACAGAGAAAGAAAAAGCUAGAGAUGGAUAAUUUCAAUGGUUAAGAAUCACAAAUAAGAGUAAUUGAAGAAAGAUACUAUACAUGAAUUAUUUCUCCUUUGCAGACAUUUCUUUCUACUGUAUACGAUAUAGAAUGUAAGAACCCCCGGAAAUAAGUAAGUACACGUAACCAUAUCUCAUAGAUAUAUGAUAUGAUAAGAUUUAAACUAAUAACAA